GUGGCGGCAGCUGUGUGUGUGCGUCUGCAUGUGUGUGUGUGAGAGUCCUGUCCUGAUUGGCCGACACAGGUCCUCCCUCCCCCUUUUAAAAGCCUCCUUUCUCACCUGAGUUACAAAAUAGACUCAACCCCUCAAGUGUUCACUUCUUCCAUAUCAAGAGCUUCUUUUCAUUUGGUUUUUCUGCGGAUCUUUUCAGCGAGUCUCACCAAAGAUCAGGGCAACAUUUCAAGGAAGCGUGAGUUUAAAGGAGCCGAACAACAAAAGUGAGCGUCCUCCUCUCGCCAGCCGUCAGCUACGAUGCCGAGCGUUGUGGAUCGGAUGGAGCUGAAGAAAGUGUCGACGGAGGCCGACGACGACAGCACCGACAGUUUGGACGAUCGAUUCGCGGAGCCCAUCGACGCGGAGAAGGCCACCAUCGACAGUCACUUCAUCGACGAGAACGAGGACGGCGAGAGCCAGAAGUUCCUGGGGAACGGCAUAAUGAAGAAGAAGAAGUACGAAGAGUACCACGAAGAAUAUCAUCCGGGACACACCUCCUUCGGCAUGUCUGUCUUCAACUUGAGCAACGCCAUCAUGGGCAGCGGCAUCCUGGGCCUGUCCUACGCCAUGGCCAACACCGGCAUCAUCCUCUUCACACUCCUCCUUAUUGGUGUUGCCAUCCUCUCCUUGUAUUCCGUACAUCUGCUUCUCAUGACGGCUAAAGAAGGAGGGUCGCUCAUCUAUGAAAAACUUGGAGAACGAGCGUUCGGCUGGCCUGGGAAAAUAGCAGCCUUCGGAUCCAUCAUAAUGCAAAACAUUGGAGCCAUGUCCAGCUACCUCUUCAUCGUCAAGUACGAGCUGCCCGAAGUGAUCCGCGCCUUCCUGGGCUUGGAAGAAAUUACCGGUGAAUGGUACCUGAAUGGAAACUACCUGGUCAUUUUUGUGUCCAUUGGGAUAAUUCUCCCCUUGUCGCUACUUAAAAAUCUGGGUUACUUGGGCUACACCAGCGGCUUCUCCCUGUCCUGCAUGGUCUUCUUCCUGGGAGUUUUGAUCUACAAAAAAACCCAGCUGCCGUGCCCGCUCCCCUUCCUGGACUCGCCCGCCGCCAACCUCAGCAUGAACGCCUCACACAUGCCGGGCGCCUACGCCGCGCACAACCACUCGGCGCAGAUGGACUUCUCGCGAGCCGACGUCUCCCCGGCCGUCACCCACGCCGCCCACGCCUCCACCGGGGUCCACUUUGAGCCCCACCCCGAGGACGAGGACGCCUGCACGCCCAAGUACUUUGUCUUCAACUCCCAGACGGCGUACACGGUGCCCAUCCUGGCCUUUGCCUUCGUGUGCCACCCCGAGGUGCUGCCCAUCUACAGCGAGCUGAAAGACCGCAGCAGGAAGAAGAUGCAGAACGUCUCCAACCUGUCCAUCCUGGCCAUGCUGAUCAUGUACAUGAUGUCGGCGCUCUUCGGCUACCUCACCUUCUACGACAACGUGGAGGCCGAGCUUCUGCACACCUUCACCAAGGUGUACAAGUUUGACACGCUACUGCUGAUGGUGCGCUUGGCGGUUCUCACCGCCGUCACCCUGACUGUUCCCAUCGUGCUCUUCCCUAUCCGCUCCUCCAUCAACACCUUGCUGUUCAGCGGGCGAGGGUUCAGCUGGGCUCGCCACAUGAUCAUCGCCGCCACCAUCUUGGCCUUCAACAACAUGCUGGUCAUCUUCGUCCCCACCAUUCGGGACAUCUUUGGCUUCAUUGGUUCCUCGGCAGCCACCAUGCUCAUCUUCAUCCUCCCAGCGGCCUUUUACCUGCGCUUGGUGAAGAGUGUACCUCUGCGCUCGCCACAGAAGAUCGGGGCGGCCGUCUUCCUGGUGGUGGGAAUCGUCUUCAUGAUUGGCAGCUUGUCGCUCAUCGUGCUGGACUGGAUCCACAACCCGCCGGGCUCCAGCGGGGGGCACUAAGCAAGCGUCCUCCCUGAUCCGCCCUGCAACAACAUCUGGAAGGAGGCCUCAGACACCGAGCAUGUUCCCCACAUGUUCUUCACUUCCGCCCACGGAAACGCCAUCACUACUAUUUGCCCCACUCACCCGUCAGCGCGGGGGACAUUUGGGGGCGGGACAACACGGAGCACUUCUCAGCGUAGGACUCGCACAUGUACGCCGCUCCAUCUGCUGCUCUCCUCAAUGUGAAGGACUUGCCAAAGUCUGCAUGCACAUACCCAAACUCCAGUCCACAGUCCUCAAACUGUCCCACCCUGGACCAGGUGAAGAUGCUUCCAGUAUUAUCUGAACACCACCUGUACAUACUUGACUGUCUACUGAAAAGUGUUCAACCAUCUUCUUCCAGUAGAAGGGAAUAUUUUCACACCACGCAGAUUUGGAGCUUCCUUUAAUUGAUGGUCGGGCCCAACUACUGGAAUAUUGUGCCUUUUGUGCUUUUUUCACCCGUUGGCCCCUUAUCAUCGCAAAUAUUACAACAACACCGCCUUCCUUUGUGCUGCAAAACCUUGUUAUCGACUCAUCCCCAAACCUUUGUGCUGCAAACUAUUAGAGUUGUAUGCUACUACAGGGGUUCCGUUAAAAAUGAAGGCCUUAAAUAGCAUUCAAAUAAAAUUAUGCGCUGAAAUGACACGUGCUAUUCGCAAAUAAGUCGGCCAUAAAAGGGCAGGCAGCAGUUAAAAUUUCUCUGAAGUGGCCGACAUAGCGACUUCAGUUGUCAAUGUGGCGCCACCACAACUCGCAGCUGCUGCUACCACCACAGAGAAAAAAAAAUCUGUCUCUUUCCGAGUAUAAGUCGCACCGGCCGAAAAUGCAUAAUAAAGAAGGAAAAAAACAUAUAUAAGUUGCAUUUUGGGGGGAAAUUUACUUGAUAAAACCCAACACCAAGAAUAGACAUUUGAAAGGCAAUUUGAAAUAAAUAAUAGUGAACAACAGGCUGAAUAUGUGUACCUUAUAUGACGCAUAAAUAACCAACUGAGAAGGUGCCUGGUAUGUUAACCUAACAUAUUAUGGUAAGAGUCAUUCAAAUAACUAUAAAAUAUAGAACAUGCUAUACGUUUACCAAACAAUCUGUCACUCCUAAUCGAUAAAUCCCAUGAAAUCUUCUACGUCUAGUCUCUUACGUGAAUGAGAUAAAUAAUAUUUUAUAUUUUACGGUAAUGUGUUCAAAAUUUCACACAUAAGUCGCUCCUGAGUAUAAGUCGCACCCCCGGCCAAACUAUGAAAAACACUGCGACUUAUAGUCCAAAAAAUAAGGUACAAGUAAAUUGUCAGAUUAAUCAGAGCCAAUUUGAGUUUUUAAACUAAAGAUUAGAGUUUUUAAACUAAAGAUUAUCAAUGUCAAAUGUUUACAGUUGUGUCUAUACUGACAAUUGUAGCUUUUUGACAUUAUAUAUAAUCACUAUCUGCAUGGGCAUUAAAAAGCUCUGAAAUAGAUUUGCAGAAAUCCGAUACCUGCAGAAACCUUGUAUUAACCAAAUGCAGUUUUUAUGUUAUUAACGGUUUAUUAUUCAUGAACUGGUCAAAAUCUAUGCGCCAAUUGUAAUCCACCAGAGAGUAACAGUUGAUAUAAACUUUUUAACUCUAGUUUUCACGUUAUUAAUGUGUUAUCAUUCAUAACCAUCCCCCCCAAUGUUUGUGCUGCAAACAUUUUUAGUUGAACUAUUACUUUUUAUGCUAUUACCAGGUUUCCGUAGGUCAAUAAAAAGUAUUACAAGUCGUUAAAAGGUAUUUUUCAAAAAUUAAGGCCUUUAAAGUCAUUCAAUUCUUAAAAAAAAAAAAAGGUUUACGCUCAAAUCAAACAUGCUAUUAGCCAAAAACAAAUUGGCGAUUAAAGGAAGGCGGCAAAUUUUAUCGGCGUGACCAACAAAGCAACUUCAGCUGUCACCGUGACGCCACCACAAUUGGCAGCUGCUGCUACCACUACAGAAAAUUAUAUAUAUAUAUAAAUUGUCAGAUUAAAUAGUCUUGUUGUGCGUCAAUUGUAAUCCGCCGGAGAGUAACAGUCGACAUGAACCUUUUAAGUCUAGUUUUCACAUUAUUAACGUGUUAUUAUUCAUAUAUACACCCCCCCCCGCUUGUGCUGCAAACAUUUUUACUCAAACUAUAAGUUUUUAUGCUAUUACCAGGUUUCCGUAGGACAGUAAAAAGUAUUAAAGUCGUUAAAGGUAUUUUUCAAAAAUUAAGGCGUAUAAGUCAUUAAAAAGCAUUAAAUUCUUAAAAAAAAAAAAAAAAAGGUAUAUGCUUAAAUCAAUCAUGCUAUUAGCCAAAAACAAA